AUGGAGAGUAUGGAGGAGCGUGGAGGAGUGAAUCAUGGAGACUCAUCGGAGCAGAGAAGUGGUACCGAUACUCAAAAUGAAGCUCCUGGACACUUUCUGGGGACCUCGAAGCGAUCCAGUCUGUCGCCGAGCAAACGGUCCGAAUCGCCUGUCAAGAAGAAGCCAAGGGUGAGCUCGUCAAAGAGCCGUUCCACAAGUCCGGUCAAGAAGGCCGCGAGACAUGCGAUCGAUCAGACACGGGAGAUCACAUACGACGCUUCCAUGGAUAAUGACGCUCUGGCGGCUUCCACACUCGACGAUUCCGAUAUCAUUGACCCUGUUCAAGCCCAAAUUGCGGACGAGUACAGGAGAGAACGUGAUCGAAAGCAGGAGGGGAAAGCGAAUGAAGUGAUCCAGCAGCUUAUGACACCGCCGUCGACUGCAGAGGUCUUCCGACAGGAUGAUCAAAGCGCAAAGUCACCUCCUGUAGAUGUAUACGCAGAACCAAUCGCUGUUCAUUCGAAUCUGUCUGGAGAGCCAGGAACUAUGGAAGGAGAAGAGGAGAUUGAUGGAGGGGAUAUGGUGGUCGAUCUGGUACCGCCCUCCGAGUUUGGAUUAUCGGUCAUUCCCAGUCGUCCAGAAUCACCUCAGAAAGGCAACACCAAACUUCAGGGCAAAUCGAAAGAAUCGAAAAAUACCACCAUGAAGGUUCCUAAAGUGUCGAAAAAGGUAAAACCCGCAUCCAAGUCAGCGCCGAAGAAGACCGGACCAAGCUCAAAGAAGGAGAAAUUCAAGGUUGACAGCAUCAAAGAGUCUGCAAGAGGUCGCGCAGGAAGCGUCUCGAGUGGUAUCGCGCCGUCCGAUCCUGUCGACACUUCUGAAGCCGCAACGCCGAUUCAUCAGACUGAAUCCGUAGCUUCAGAUGAUGAUGCCGUUUAUUGUAUCUGUCGGAAACCUUAUCGGGACGAGGAUGAGGAUGUGAUCAUGGUCGCAUGCGACAACUGUGAUGAUUGGUUCCAUCCUGCAUGCGUUGGGAUCGACGAGAAAAAGUUGGACUUGCUGGAUAUUUACAUCUGCGCGCAGUGCGAGCCGAAAACGCCUCUGAGAACGUCAUACAAACGGGUCUGUAGAAGAGAGCAUUGUGACAAGUCAUUGACCGACGCAAAGCAAAAGUACUGCUCGUCCGCCUGUGCAUUCCGGCAUAUGGCUGCACAAGUCCCUCCGACGUCUAACACCAAGUUGCUGAAGCAAAUGUCGGCAUUCUUUGUCGGUCUUCCCGCGCCAAAACCUAAUGUCUCCGUGAUCCACCAUCUUGGAGCCAUGCCUUCGAAGCCGGCGCAUCAAGACAACGAGAUGGCAGCACUUACCCGUCAGAUGGCCGUAGUCGACCAGGCUAUUGCGACUUUGUCCAAACGACAAGAGGUCCUACGACAAGUCAUCGCGCAGUGCGACACGUUAGUAUCGCCUUCUGCAGGAAACGACGUGGAGAUGGCCGAUAAAAAGUCGAAAAAGCGCCCUGGAGGUGGCGAAGACAAACCCUGUGGAUGGGAUAGGCGUCUGACCCUGUCUGAUGAUGAAAUGGCAUCUUUGAUUAUGGAUGAGCUUAGCCAGAAUCGUGAAGAUAACACAAGGGUCUGCAUGUUACCUAAACGGAGGUGCGAUCGUCAUCAGGGUUGGCCGAAAGUCUUUACUGCUUCGCUAGAUUUGGAGAUGGCUCAAUUAACGAGACGUAAAGAGGAUCUCGAAACGCAGCAUCGGUCGCGAUUGGAUUUGGACGCUCAACUAAAGGCGUCACAGAAAGCGGCCGACGAUUUCAACCUCAAGCUCGGGAGAGUCAAGCUGGGCAAGGUGGCAUAG